AUGGCGAUUUUAUUUGUGGUGAUCGUUAAUGCUACGUCACAUCCAAAAUUCCGCGUUAUUCAAGGAGUAGAUGAUGAAGACAACAAAUAUCCUUACGUGGUUAGCUUAGAAGGGCUUCAAAGUAAAGUUCCUGGCCUGGAGUUCUACCGCAUGUGUACAGGCACUCUUAUAGCUCCAGAAUGGGUAUUAACAGCAGCGCAUUGUCUGGUACCAGAGUUACAGUUGGAUAUUGUCAGAUAUGGAAAUAUGUCCAUCCCGAGGAAUGCUACCGAUUCCACCAGGAGAAUUCUGAAGAGAAUACCCCAUCCCAACUACAAAGGUGCCUUAUUUAUUGAAUCCAUUGAUUUAUGUAAGAACGACAUCGGUUUGGUUUUAGUGGAAGAAAUACAGAUGACGGUACUUGGCAAGAUAUCGUCUGUAGAUUACAGGACUUUAAGUGGACAGAAAGUGACGUAUGCUGGUUAUGGAAGAACUGGCAAAAGGAAAAAAAAUAAGUCAUUGGAAAUACAAGAAUCUUAG